UCAGAGUGAAGAGGGAGAUGAGGAGUCAUGGCCAAGUCUGAGGUUCUCCUCCGCAACAUGAAGGAGAAGGAGUGCUGACUCCUACUGCUCCUGCUGGAUUACUGACAGCGUGCUCCUCUCCAGGAAAGAGGAGGAGGUGCACCAUGGCUGAGCCCCUGCUGAAGAGGACCUUCUCCAGACUGAGAGGCAAAGACAGAAGACGCAGAAAAACCGAUCCCAAACUUAACGAGGUUCUGGUCCAAUCCGACACUGUCCAGAUGUCUUCAUCUCCAUCAUCACCAUCGAUGAUGACUACAUCGAGAACAGCAACUGACCCUAACCACCCAUCACCCACUUGUAACCACAUCACUGUUGCUAAAAAACAGCAGUGGGCAUGGCAGGGCAUGUCAGUUUCACCCCCCUAUCUAAGCUCUGCCCACAGGCCUUUGGACCAAGUCCAACCAUGUGGGAUAACAUCCCAGGAUGCUGUGGAACAAGAUAGGAGUUUGAGACUGGGACAGAAUAAGAAGCAGCAAUACGGUGACCGGAUGUCCUCAGAUCCGAUCAGCUGUGUUUCUGUGAGCACAGCUGUGCAGCAGGAUGCCUCCCAGCCAGCAGGGAGCUCCACUGACACUGCCAUCACGAGCACCAAGCUGUCGGGCCAGCGAGCCUACCUGCAGAGUCUAGACCGCAGCAGCCGAGCAUGGGUGCUGUCUUCAGGAAAAUCCCAGGCUUCAGACGAUGUGUGCAGCCCUCUACAUGACAGCAGCAGCAACAUCUGGUACAACCCCAUCCCAGAGGAGGAGGAUGCAAGAACACACAUGGAGGAGGAGAUAUGGAGGAGGAGAGACCACAAUGUGGAGGAAGGACGAGUAAAGAUGGCGUGGCCUGGAGAUGCUGGAGUAGAGCUCGAUGGUUGUAGCAGUGAGUGGCCACAGGAGGGUGCUGACCCAAGCAUCAGCGUCAGUCACCUGACUGAUGACAUCACAGAUUCCCCUCCCUCAGACUCUAGCCCCACCUCCCAGAAGAAAGGGGGUGGGACUGGUAGGGUGAUUGACAGGCUGAGGUCUCCAGGCACAGUGAGGAAACUUUCUCUAAAAAUGAAGAAACUUCCCGAGUUGCGCCGAAAACUCAGCCUUCGUUCAGCCACCCGCACUCAUCACCAGGGUAACAGCAGAGGGGGCGGGGAUGAGGGGAAGAAUGCAACAUCAUCAUCAAUAUCAUCAUCGGUGCUGUCAAAUCAGAACAUCAUAAGCAGAUAUCAUCUUGACAGCUCCACCCCCCCAACCCGACCGCUGCGACGAUCGAACAGAGGACGUGCUACCAGUAAAGGAGGAUAUCUCAGUGAUGGAGACUCCCCUGAGCUGUUGCCACGGCAACAGAUGCCUCACUUUGCCAACACCCAGGAAGUGCCAUGUAAUGUCAGUUCAUUCCGGCUGUACGUGAGUUCAGAUCUGCCGCGAUGCAGCCAGCGGGUGACCGGGUUACUAACAGUCCACUUGCUGGGCCUGGAGGAGAUGAAGAUCAGCAGGUCAGAGGACAGUAAGGACAUUUUCUUGGCCAUCCAGACCGAUGGCGUAACAAGAGCAAGGACCGCCCUUCUGACCCUGAGAGGCUCCGCCCUGUCCUUGAACCACACAUUCCAUCUGGAGUUGGAGAGGGCCCAACAGCUCCGCAUUGUGGUUUUAACACCAGCCAGCCCACCGGCUGCAGGGAUGGUGAAAGCCACGACAGAGCAGCAACAUCAGGUGACUUCAGGAGGGCCAACCAGAAACAGAGUUUGUUGCCUGGGUGGAGUCUCCAUCCCACCACUCUUCAAAGGGAGUCGUAGUCAGCAGCUGUGUUUGAAGCUGGAGCCCAGAGGACUCCUCUAUGUCAAGCUGUCUCUGCAGGAGAAAUGGGACACACAGACCAAUGGGGAUGCUUCAUCACCUGCCAUUGUGUUUGGGGUUGAACUGCACCACCUGGUGGAUAAAGAAGACUCUGCAUUUCCAGUCCCCCUGCUAAUCCAAAAAACUGUUGCUGAGAUCGAGCGACGAGGACUGAAGGUGGUGGGUCUGUACAGACUGUGUGGUUCUGCUGCAGUGAAGAAGGAGCUCAGGGAUUGGUUCGAGAGGAACAGUGCAGCCGUUUGUCUGUCAGAAGAUCUCUACCCUGACAUCAACGUCAUCACAGGUAUUCUGAAGGACUACCUGCGGGAGCUGCCGUCUCCUCUCAUAACCAGGACUCUGUAUGAGGUGGUCCGGGAAGCCAUGACCCUGCGACCUCCACCUGUGACCCCAGACCUGCAGCUGGCCCAGAGCACUGUGGAGCUGCUGUCCUGUCUGCCACCUCCAGAGAAGGCCACACUUUCUCUCCUGCUUGACCACCUCAGCCUGGUGGCAUCCUUCAGCUCCUCCAACAGAAUGACCCACCAGAAUCUGGCCGUCUGCUUUGGCCCGGUUCUCCUCACCCCAACUCAGGAAGCUUGGAGGGCAGAAAGAGGAAUGGGAAAGAGCUUGGGUCCUGGAGGGGAGAUGGCAAGUGCUGUAGACUUCAAACGGCACAUCGAGGCAUUGCAUUAUCUGCUGCAGCUGUGGCCAGUGCCAACACGAGUCUCAGCACAUGACCACGCUCCUGCAUCCUCCCCCACAUUUACCCACAAUCCCCUGGGCCAGCAACAGUAUCAACCCGUCUUGCAAUUGGCUAUGAACCCGAACACAGAGGAGGAAGCGGUGGUGUCACGGCGAGAGCGUGGCAGCAUGACCCGGCUGGAAAGUCCACCAUCCAUCACCAACCGAUACGCCGGAGACUGGACUGUCUGUGGACGAGACCUUCUGUCCAGGCAGGACGUCGACUACGAUGAGGUGGCAGGAAGUGAGAGUGAUGGAGGCAGUGGUGAUGAAGAGGAGAGGAGGAAGGAGGAGUGGUCAUCAGGAGGAGGAUCUCUUUACGUGGAUGAGUUUCUGGAUUUUGACGCUCCAUUUAACUGUCGUCUCAGUCUGAAGGACUUUGACACCCUGAUCCACGAUCUGGACCAAGAACUGGCCAAACAGAUCUGCCUGUAGACAAAGAUUGAGGAGGAUGAGGAAGAGAAUGAGGAGGAUCUGAGGAGGAUCUGAUGUUCAACCAGAGCAGCGGUCUCAUCCAAAAAUUUCCCCGUGGGAACUCUUCCCCAGUUGGAGCUCUUCCCUGUAUAAACUUUUCCCGUUGGAUUGUUUCCUCAUUGGAACAUUCCCCAUCAGAACGUUUCACCAUCAGAGCUCUUCCCCAUUGGAAUUCUCCCCCAUCAGAUCAUUUCCCAGUUGGAGCAUUUCCCAUCAGAAUUAAGUUCUAUGUAGGCUUUGAACAAAGUAGGUCCUGAUGGACCACAGAAAGUUCUGAUGGACUUCCGCUUUGUUGCUUCCUGUGCUGAUGCACAGACCUGACGAGACCUGUUGGUUCUGGUUUCCUGGUCUUGCACUAGGUUCUGAUUCAGAACUAGAUAACCUGGAGUGUUUUUCAGUAUUAUUCAUCCAUCCAUCCAUUUUCUGCCACUUUCGGGUCGUGGGGGCCCAGACUUCCCUCUCCCCGGCCACAUUCAUCAGCUCAUCUGGAGUGAUCCUGAAUGCGUUCCCAGACCAGCAGAGAGAUGUAGUCCGUCCAGCACGUCCUAGGUCUUCCUCAGGGCCUCUUUCUGGUGGGACCUUCCCGGAACACCUCACCAGGGAGGCGUCCGGGAGGCAUCCUAACCAGAUGCCCGAGCC